AUGAAUUUAUGGAAUCAGGCUCAGACUCGAUCUCGUCCGGAGCCGACUUCACACGAUAUUGUUAAAAAAGACUUCCGCAUGGAGGAUGUUAUAAACGUUACGUGUGGCUCUCUCUCUGGGAAGAUGCAUUACCGUAUGUUCUUAUGUCCUGGCAUCCACCAAAUUUGUAUUCUACUGGACGGAACUAAUGAGAUGAUCACCCCUAAGGAGUUCACGGUUCGAGCUAAUAAGGAUAAGCAGAAGGAUUGGAAAGGUUGUAUCCGGAUAGGCAAAAGAAGUAUUAGGUUGUUAAUGGCGUUAGGUCUCCUUGAUUAUUUCAAUCACCAAGAGUUCUGCUCGUUGAAGUGUCAGAGUAGAAACCAUAUUCGAGGGAAAUCAGAUGAAGAAAGAUGCAAAUCCAAGAACUCAUCCAUGUCAGAGAAUCCUAACACUUCUUUGCCUUCUCUUCAUUUCCCUUUAGGAACUAGUUAUUCAUCCAAUACUUUCUUCCUCAGUGCCCCAUCAACCGUGAAUGGUGAGACUGGGGCUGUUUCCAUAUUCAAAGAAAGUUCUCUUAAUAAUAGUACUGUGCCAUAUGAGUUCGGGAUUCCACAUUUGGACACCCCACCCGAACAUAGUUUAAUAAAUCUGUUGCAUAUUGAUCCUGUAUCAUUUUGGAGGGAGCUCCACCGAGUAGGUAUCAUCACCGACGUUAUCGAUCGUAUAAUAAAUCGACUGAAAGAUUGUGCCUCAUAUGAGGAUGUGACCAAUGUUUCUAUGAAUUUGAGUCGAGUAGUAACUGCUUUAAACUUGCAAUACGAAGUUGUGCAAAUGUUCAAUGAGAAACAAUAUGUUAAUUUAAAUGAUUCUGCUGAGAGCGUAUUUGAAACGCCUAAUGCUUCUUCUGUGAAUUGUCCUUCAGUACCUACACCUGAAUCUGCUGUGAAUAUGAACAAGAAACCUGAAUUAUCCAAGAAUGAAUUUUAUCUUUUGAAUAUGUUAGAGCGAUCGCCGGAGACUAAAGUCAUACGCCGUAUCGAAACGGCAGAAGAGAACUGUGAAGAUAUGCUCUAUGAGCUUCCACUCGUGAAAGAGGAAAGAGGUGAUGCUUUCACGAUAACAAAUUUAUGA